UAUAAGGAAGAUAAACUCACACAGUCACUGACACUGAGAGGAGAAAUGGCACAGAAAGGAGUUCAGCUGGACCGAGAAACCUUCUCUUGUUCCAUCUGUUUGGAUCUACUGAAGGAUCCGGUGACUACAGCCUGUGGACACAGCUACUGCAUGAACUGUAUUAAAAGUUUCUGGGAUGAAGAGGACAGGAAGGGAAUCCACAGCUGCCCUCAGUGCAGGAAGACUUUCACACCGAGGCCUGUCCUGGAGAAAAACACCAUGUUAGCAGCUUUAGUGGAGCAGCUGAAGAAGACUGGACUCCAAGCUGCUCCAGCUGAUCACUGCUAUGCUGGACCUGAAGAUGUGGCCUGUGAUGUCUGCACUGGGAGGAAACUGAAAGCCAUCAAGUCCUGUUUAUCUUGUCCAGCCUCUUACUGUGAGAAACACCUCCAACCUCACUAUGAUGCAGCUCCAUUAAAGAAACACAAGCUGGUGGCCCCCUCCAAGAAGCUCCAGGAGAACAUCUGCUCUCGUCAUGAUGAGGUGAUGAAGAUUUUCUGUCGUACUGAUCAGCAGAGUAUCUGUUAUCUCUGCACAAUGGAUGAACAUAAAGGCCAUGAAACAGUCCCAGCUGCAGCAGAAAGGACUGAGAAGCAGAAGGAGCUCGAGGUGAGACGACUAAACAUCCAGCAGAGAAUCCAGGAGCGAGAGAAAGAUGUGAAGCUGCUUCAACAGGAGGUGGAGGCCAUCAAUGGCUCUGCUGAUAAAGCAGUGGAGGACAGUGAGAAGAUGUUCACUGAGCUGAUCCGUCUCAUCCAGAAAAGAAGCUCUGAUGUGAAGCAGCAGGUCAGAUCCCAGCAGGAAACUGAAGUGAGUCGAGUCAAAGAGCUUCAGGAGAAGCUGGAGCAGGAGAUCGCUGAGCUGAAGAGGAAAGACGGCGAGCUGGAGCAGCUCUCACACACAGAGGAUCACAACCAGUUUCUACACAACUACCCCUCACUGUCAGCACUCAGUGAGUCUACACACUCAUCCAGCAUCAAUAUUCGUCCUCUGAGCUACUUUGAGGAUGUGACAGCAGCUGUGUCAGAGACCAGAGAUAAACUACAGGACAUUCUGAGAGAGGAAUGGACAAACAUCUCACUGACAGUCACUGAAGUGGAUGUUUUACUGUCACCACCAGAGCCAAAGACCAGAGCUGGAUUCUUAAAAUAUUCACAUGAAAUCACACUGGAUCCAAACACAGCAAACACACAUCUGUUAUUAUCUGAGGGGAACAGAAAAGCAACAAGAAUGAAACAACAACAGUCUUAUUCUGAUCAUCCAGACAGAUUCACUGAUUUUUCUCAGGUCCUGAGUAGAGAGAGUCUGACUGGACGUUGUUACUGGGAGGUGGAGUGGAGAGGGGGAGGAGUUGUUGUAGCAGUUGCAUACAAGAAUAUCAGCAGAGCAGGGAGCUCAGAUAAAUGUGGAUUUGGAUACAAUGACAAAUCUUGGGCAUUAUAUUGUUACACAAACAGUUUUCAAUUUUGGCACAACAGCAUCCACACUGCCCUCUCAGGUCCUCGGUCCUCCAGAGUAGGAGUGUACCUGGAUCACAGAGCAGGUAUUCUGUCUUUCUACAGCGUCUCUGAAACCAUGACUCUCCUCCACAGAGUCCAGACCACAUUCACUCAGCCGCUCUAUGCUGGACUUUGUCUUUAUGGACUUGGAGCCACUGCAGAGUUGAUUAAAGUCAAAUAGAGAAGACAGGUUGAUGUUGAUCCCUGACCAUUAUAUGUACUUGUGUAGUUUCUAAAUGAAAUUUUACAUUUUAGAAGCUGAGAAGUUCAGUGGUCCAUUGAUGUGUGAAAAUAAUAUUGCACUGAUUCAAACUGUACUUACAUUUAUAUACCUUACAUCAAUAUAAAUCUGAAUGUGUUCUUAUGGCUGAUAAUCAUGUGAGUUUAAAUUAUACUACUCUUCAUAUUCAGCAUGUUUGAAAUCUUUCAUCACUCUGGUUAGUGGUUUUAUUCUGAACUAAAUAACACAGGCCUGUAUAUUGUGGAGGAUAGACAUGUUUCAUUACCCUGAGCUGUGUCUGGCAGGCAGAGCGUCUCCACAAAUCUGAUGCUUCGUAUUUGGAGAAAAUGAGCUGAGGGAGACACCUGGUGGACAAACACAGACAUGACAAGGAGAAAGACUAAAGUGCAGAGUGGAGACAAACAGCUGGAAAUACUUGUUGGAAAGGAUUGUCAUGCUUCAGAAAAACACACAGCACACACUCUAACAGUCCUUUAUUUGCACUGAAGGAGACACGUGAAGAAACCAAAUCACACAAUAAUGAAGUGAACACAUUUAUAGCCAGUGUUCAAGAUGAUGGAUACAAAUUAAAAUCAUGGAGCAUUUAUGCAUUUUUAGGUCUGUGUCUUACAGCAGAAGCAGCAUUUACAUGAACUCACUGGCCUUUUUCUACUCAACACUCUCUUCUUCAUCACCUCAUCUUCCUCUUCUGACUGCUGCUGAGCUCCCACCCUUUUUACCUCCUGGAGAUGAUUCAUAUUCACUGAAAUUUCACUCAUGACACAGAAACUGUUCAGCUAUUCCCCAUUUAUUAGACUAUUUAUCAGGAACCUCUGUUGAUUUUAUAUGUAAAGGAUUUUUCUUCUGUCACUUGAAUCUUUUAAGGUUUUUCUCAUCGUAGUUUUGGUGAGUUUUUAAUUAGAUUCACAGCUUCAGAAUAACUUUGAUGUCAGAUUAGAAAGUCUGUGUCCAACCCUGGUGUUUGAUCAGAUGUUUGAUCCCUGCAGGGUUGGAUUUUUUAUAUGAAUGUUGAAUUUGUUGUUUUGGAAUUGAGUUAGAUUUUCACUGAUGGAUGAUUCUUUGUAAAAAAGUGGAUCUACCAACAGUUUAUUUCUCUGAUUAAAUGUAAAACAAAUAUAUUUUCCACUUUUUGUGUGACAGAGGCAGGAAUUUCUCUGUGCUAGAUGUAAAUUUUUCCAGUAAAUUGUUG